GACUUCUCGGUUUUCUCGGUUUUCUGGACUCCACACAGACUCCUCUUCUUGAUAUUCUUCAGCCAGAAAGUCAUCUUCAUCUGAUUUACUGAGUCGCUGAAUCACAGAGGGGUUUUAAAGCCAAGCAUCAUCAUGGUGAACUGCUGUGGUCUCGUGUCUGAAAAAAACGAACCAGUUCCUCUGAAGAGCAUCUCGGUGGAGCUGCAGGUUCAGGAUCACGUGGCGUCUGUCCGCUCCUGUCUGCAGUAUGUGAAUGAGGAGGAGCGUCCGCUGGAGGCCGUGUUCGUCUUCCCGCUGCCCGCCGACGCCGCCGUCUGCCACUUCAGCGCCAGGAUCGGAGAGCAGGAGAUCAGGGCCGAGCUGCAGGACAGACAGAGCGCGCGGGAUCAGUAUGAUGAUGCUGUGAGCUCGGGGCAGCAGGCGUUUCUGCUGGAAGAGAGCGAGGAGAGUUCAGAUGUGUUCAGACUGAGUGUGGGCUGUUUGUCUCCGGGUCAGAACGCCUCCAUCACCAUCGUCUACAUCAUCGAGCUCAGCGUCCAGGCCGAUCACGCGCUGCGCUUCUGUCUGCCGGCUGUACUCAACCCACGAUACACACCAGCAGGUGAUCCUUACGUGAAUCUUAGUUCUGGUCACCGGUUUGAGAAGGAUGUGGAGCUGUUUCUGUAUUAUGAGAAUUCCCAUCAGCCCUCGGCUGCAGUCGAGGCAGCAGCGUCUGCGGCUCAGUCAGGGUCUCUGAUGGGCAACCCGGCGCUCAUGAUCAGUCUGUACCCAGAGUUCCCUGCGGAUGUGAUGUCAUCACUGGCGUCUCAGGGCGAGUUCAUUUUUGUGGUCGACAGAUCAGGCAGUAUGGACUGCAAGAUGCAUCAUGGGAACGACGCACAGAUGCGCAUCGAAAGUGCAAGAGACACGCUGCUGCUGCUGCUGAAGAGUUUGCCCAUGGGAUGCUACUUCAACAUCUACGGAUUCGGAUCUCACUUUGAGUCCUUCUUCCCUCAGAGUGUCGUGUACAGCGAGGACACGAUGGAAGAGGCUCUGAAGAGAGUAAAGAGCAUGAGCGCAGACUUGGGUGGCACCGAGAUCCUCCAGCCUCUGAAACACAUCUACAGUCAGCCCUGUUACCCAGAUCACCCUCGACAGCUGUUCAUCUUCACUGAUGGAGAGGUGUGGAACACUAAGGAGGUGCUGGAUCUGGUGAAGAGUCACGUUUACUCUCACAGGUGCUUCUCCUUCGGGAUCGGUGAGGGUGCGAGUACGGCUCUCAUCACAGGAAUGGCCAGAGAAGGUUCUGGUCACGCUCAGUUCAUCACAGGCACUGACCGCAUGCAGCCCAAAGUGAUGCAGUCGCUCAGGUUUGCUCUCCAGCCGGCCGUGGAUAAUAUCUCUGUGGACUGGACCGUUCCUGAAGGCGUGACGGUGGACAUGCUGUCCCCCCCCAUCAAUACUCUGUUCCAGGGUCAAAGGGCGCUCAUCUACGCUCAGAUUAAAGGACAGAGUUCAGGACAGACAGAAGGAGCUGUAACCAUGAAAUACAGGCUGAACGAUCAACCGGUGACUAACCAGCUUCAAUUUACUCUUAAACCAACGGAAGACACAGGGCUGACGAUCCACCGGCUGGCGGCCCGGUCUGUGAUCCGCUCUCUGGAGCUGGAGGAACGAGCCGGACGAGCAGACGCGGAGAACAUCAGGAGAAGGAUUGUGGAGCUCAGCGUUCAGGCAGGAGUGAGCAGCGUUCAUACAGCCUUCAUCGGCGUUAAUAAAGACAGCAAACAGACUGUGAAAGGACCGCUGCUGCAGAGGAGAGUGCCAGUGCCAUAUAUGAUGCCUGCAUUUUUUGGUGCCCCUAUGGGAUUGUGCGCAAUGGUUCCCCAAAUGGCAUUUUGUUCUCGAAAGUCACGUGCCUUACAAUCGAACAGCAUGAGGAUUGAAUGUGAUUCCAUGUCAUAUGAGGAAGAAGCUGAGCCCCAGAAGGACCCUUUGCUCCAGCUGGUCUCUCUUCAGAAGGCCUCGGGAUGCUGGGAGCUCAACGCCUCAUUGGCUGCUGUGUUUGGGAAGACGGAGGACGAGGUGACCAAUCAGAAAGCAGCACAGGUGGACGGGUCAGUGUGGGCCACCGUCCUCGCUCUCAUCUGGUUAUAUGCGUUUAAAUCAGAUCAGCAGGAUGAGUGGCAGUUUGUGGCCAUGAAGGCGGCGUCAUGGAUCCGCUCUCAGAAACCGAACGGCCUGUCUCAGUGUGUGUGUGAUGGGAACGUUCUCUUGGGAUGUCAGGUGACUGAAGACAUGCUGGGAAUCUGAAGACUGCAAAUCCUGUGUUCUGAGGAGACAAAAUAUCUCAUAAACAUUUGUGUUGUUUCUGGUAUAGGAUAUAAACAUUUUGUAUAAGUGGCAGAGGGAUUUUUAGUAUAUGUAAGCUUUAAAGGACCUGUCCCAAAAUUCAUGUUGUUCUUCUAAAAUAGACUUUUGAAUUACAUAAUCUUGCGGUUAUGAAUUCACUACUCUGAAUUGUACCUGCUUUUUAUGCUGCCUCUUGGCCAGGUCGUCAUUGUAAAUGAGAAAUGGUUCUCAACUGACUUACCUGGUUAAAUAAAGGUUAAUAACUACUAUUAUUUCUAUUAUUUCAGUAUGUGUUAACGAGCAGAUUGUGUCAGUGUGUAAAUACCAAGCUGAUUUAUCAAAGUAUAUCUUCACUAGCCAUAAUUACCUAAUAUGUAGAAUUACAUUUUAAUGCAUUACAACUAAAAGUUAGAUCAAUCAGAAUAGAGAAAUGUAUAAUUAAGAACUGCCAAAAAUAAUAAUUAUAAUAAUGUCUGUAAAUAUUACAGAAAAAUAAAUAUAAAGAGAAAUGUUCCCAGAAUGAUCUGAUUAAAUGUGAAUUGUGACCAUGGGUAAAUUGUGCUUUACUUCGCGUGUUUGUCUGCAUCACAGAAAGAGGAUAAC